AUGUGUGAGGCAAGGGAGAGGUUGAAGGCCAUUUAACACACACAUAACCUCUUCAAACUGCAGCAGUUCAUUUUCAUAGCAGCCCUGAGGUCACAAGAGCAUGCUCAUGAUAGGACAGAACCAGUGGCAUCAGUCAUGCAGGUGAGACCGUUCAAGGAGCACCACUGUAUUAAUGCCACAGAUCUACAAAUGUUUACCCUCUUGAAAAUUGUGGAUGAGUAGAGGGCUGUUCUGAGGCUCCUGAAGGGCAACAACCAAAGCCCUGGAGGUGUCAUCCUAGACACUUACAGGUUGCUUCUCAGCUACAACUACAACAUCAGCAAACUGCAGGCCCAUUUACCCACAUGAUGAAGUGAAUCGAGCUGUGACGAGGCCAGGAACUACUACGGUGGUGUGGUAAGCCUUAUCCCACUAGCACUGGAGCUACUGCAAAGGUUGGCCAGUUCCUACACCUACUGCGGCCAGCACAAACACAUCUGCUGGGAAUCCUAAUGUGGAUGUGCUUGAGUCCUCAGGACAGCGAGGUGGGACGGCUGGUGUGGGAGACGUGUCUUUCAGCCUGACUGGGCACGCUACUGGUGCUCAUAACACUAGGAAGACCCAGGCUAAGAGAACAGGCAUGCAAUCAAGCCAGCCUCACCACCAGGAUUAGGCCUUUGACCAUUUCCUCUAUUUUACAUAAAUCAGCAUUGAAAUAAAGUUGGUUUCUCUUGGUUUGACUUGUGAUCAACUAUUACUCAGAACUUGGCAACCAUAUUACACAAUGUUUCAUACAACAGACUGAAACUGGACAAAUAGUUUAACAGCAUUUGCGUUUUGAGACAGAAAUCACUUAUAUCAAAACAAUGCGGUGGCUUUUCUAAACCCCACUGACACUGUAGAAUAAGACGGUAAA